CAAAAUAAUUAUUUAUUUAUCUUACUUCUCUCUUUUCUCCCCACCAUUAUUUUUUCUGUUGUAAAACACUUUUUCUUUUCUUGCAUCUUGGUGGUGAAUAAACGAAUAAAAAUCUAGACAUGAAAACGCAGUAGCAAAUUUCUCUUAUUCAGAAUUCAGAAGGAAUCAACAAUGUUGUAUGCAACAAGGUUUAGGGUUUCUGUUCGUCAAAUCCCUAAUUUUGUUCCACUCUCCACUCUCCCUCCUUCCUGGACAAGCCUUCACUUUCAUUCUGAGCCUCCAUCCUUUGUUGAAGUUGACGAUGCUGUUGAUUCCUUUACUCGCAUGCUCACUAUGCGUCGUACUCCUCCCAUCAUCCAAUUUAACAAGAUUUUGGGAUUCCUUGCCAAGACGAAGCAUUUCCACACCGCCGUUUCCCUUUUUCAGCAAUUGCAAGCCAGGGGAAUCGCUCCCGACUUUUUUACUUUGAACAUCUUAAUCAAUUGUUGUUGCGGCAUGGGUCGUAUGACGCUUGCUUUCUCUGUAUUGGCCAAGAUUUUCAGGAUGGGUUUUCAGUCUAAUACCAUAACGUUCACAACAAUCCUGAAAGGUCUCUGUUUCAGUGGUAAUGUUGAAAAAGCGCUGCACUUCCAUGACAUAGUGCGGGAUCAAGGAUUUCAGCUUAAUCAAGUCACCUAUGGGACCUUGGUUAAUGGACUCUGUAAGACCGGACACACAGCAGCUGCUAUUCAAGUCAUGAAAAAGAUCCCACAGUAUGGGAUUGUUCCUAAUGUUGUCAUGUACAGCGCAAUUAUUGAUAGCCUCUGCAAGGAUACACUUGUAAGUGAGGCUUUUCAUUUAUACUCUGAAAUGCUUGCUAUGGGAAUUUCUCCCAAUGUUAUCACUUACAGGACUCUGAUUUAUGGAUUGUGCCUUGUGGGUCAAUUUAAGGAAGCCCUUCAUAUACUAAAUCAUAUGAUGCUCAAAAACAUUACUCCAGGUGUUCGGACCUAUAGUAUUUUGAUCGAUGGGCUAUGCAAGGAAGGAAAGAUCAAAGAUGCUAACAACGUGUUGGCUGUGAUGACAAAACAUGGUGUGAAACCAAAUGUGGUUACUUAUAACAGCUUAAUGGAUGGGCAUUGUUUGGUUAAUCAGGUAAAUAAGGCAAAAUAUGUAUUCAACACAAUGGCCCAAAGUAGUGUGUCUCCUGAUGUUUGUAGUUACAAUAUCAUGAUUAAUGGCUUGUGCAAAAGUAAAAUGGUCAAUGAUGCCUUGAAUCUCCUUGAAGAGAUGCGUUGCAAGAACUUGGUUCCCGACAUGUUUACUUACAAUACUCUAAUUGAUGGCUUGGGAAAAUCAGGGAGAAUCCGUUGUGCUGCGGAGCUUCUUGAAAAGAUGCAUGAUAGAGGUCAACAUGCUGAUAUAUUCACUUACAGUUCCUUGAUGGAUGCUUUGUUCAGUAUGAAACAACAUGACAAGGCACUUAUGUUAUUUAAUCAAAUGAAAGAGAGUGGCAUUGAUCCAGAUAUAUAUACAUACAACAUACUUAUAGAUGGCCUGUGCAAAAGUGGAAGACUUAAAAAUGCAAAAGAGAUAUUUCAAGAUCUUUCCAACAAAGGCUAUCGUCCAGAUGUGAAGACAUACACCGUUAUGAUCAAUGGGGUUUGCAAACAGGGACUGCUUCAUGAAGCAUUGGCUUUAUUGUCGAGAAUGGAAGACAAUGGUUGCUUACCGGAUGCUGUGACUUACGAAAUAAUCGUUCGUGCUCUGUUUGAAAGAGGUGAAAAUGAUAACGCCGAGAAACUUCUUCGUGAAAUGAUAUCUAGAGGCCUAUUGCAAGGAUAAAAAAUCAGUUUAAUUUAGAACUUACUAGGAUCUGCUUCUGUUGUAAUGGCAGAACCUCGGAAGAAACAAGAACCACCUCUGUGCUUGAACUUCUGAAAGUAGCUGUUGAAGGCAUAGGAAGCAUGGUCUUUCAAAGUGUUUUGAUAAUAGCAUGGUUGGUUCACUUGGAUUUUGCUACAAUCUGCAUCUCCACUUCCACAAGCCCAAUUCAGCGCCGCCUGCAACUCAUCGUCGCUUCUUUGCGGAUCGGCUAUGCACCGUUGCUCAUAUUCAGCAAACAUUGCAUCAUGUGAUCAUAAUACAGUGCAAUUUAGGUAAAAAAAAAGGAACAUUUAUACACAAACAUUUCUGGAUAUUUUAACAACACAUGAACACUUAUGUAUAUGAUUACCCCUUUUUGGUGCAAUCAUGGAUAGGAAAAGAAUCAGAACCAUUAACUUGGCCA